CGGCGGCGGCGGCAGCAUGGCGAGCCCUCCCGAGACCGACGGCUUCUCCGACGUGCGCAAGGUGGGCUACCUGCGCAAGCCCAAGAGCAUGCACAAGCGAUUCUUCGUGCUGCGGGCGGCCAGCGAGGCUGGGGGCCCGGCGCGCCUCGAGUACUACGAGAACGAGAAGAAGUGGCGGCACAAGUCGAGCGCCCCCAAACGCUCGAUCCCCCUCGAGAGCUGCUUCAACAUCAACAAGCGGGCCGACUCCAAGAACAAGCACCUGGUGGCCCUCUAUACCCGGGACGAGCACUUUGCCAUCGCGGCGGACAGCGAGGCCGAGCAGGACAGCUGGUACCAGGCCCUCCUGCAGCUGCACAACCGUGCCAAGGGCCACCACGACGGGGCCGCGGCUCCCGGGGCGGGAGGCGGCGGGAGCAGCUGCAGUGGCAGCUCCGGCCUUGGCGAGGCUGGGGAGGACUUGAGCUACGGGGACGUGCCCCCAGGACCCGCCUUCAAGGAAGUCUGGCAGGUGAUCCUGAAACCCAAGGGCCUGGGUCAGACAAAGAACCUGAUUGGUAUCUACCGCCUCUGCCUGACCAGCAAGACCAUCAGCUUCGUGAAGCUGAACUCGGAGGCUGCCGCGGUGGUGCUGCAGCUGAUGAACAUCAGGCGCUGUGGCCACUCAGAGAACUUCUUCUUCAUCGAAGUGGGCCGUUCCGCAGUGACGGGACCCGGGGAGUUCUGGAUGCAGGUGGAUGACUCUGUGGUGGCCCAGAACAUGCACGAGACGAUCCUGGAAGCCAUGCGGGCCAUGAGCGAUGAGUUCCGCCCUCGAAGCAAGAGCCAGUCCUCCUCCAACUGCUCCAACCCCAUCAGUGUCCCCCUGCGCAGGCAUCACCUCAACAACCCUCCACCCAGCCAGGUGGGGCUGACCCGCCGCUCGCGCACAGAGAGCAUCACUGCCACCUCCCCGGCCAGCUUGGUGGGCGGGAAGCAGGGCUCCUUCCGGGUCCGCGCCUCUAGUGAUGGCGAAGGCACCAUGUCUCGCCCUGCCUCUGUGGACGGCAGUCCUGUGAGUCCCAGCACCAACAGGACCCAUGCCCACCGGCAUCGCGGCAGUUCCCGGCUGCACCCGCCUCUCAACCACAGCCGCUCCAUCCCCAUGCCUUCUUCUCGCUGCUCGCCUUCCGCCACCAGCCCGGUCAGCCUAUCGUCCAGUAGCACCAGUGGCCACGGCUCCACCUCGGACUGUCUCUUCCCACGGCGGUCUAGUGCUUCCGUGUCCGGUUCCCCCAGUGAUGGCGGUUUCAUCUCCUCUGAUGAGUAUGGCUCCAGUCCCUGCGACUUCCGAAGUUCCUUCCGCAGUGUCACCCCGGAUUCCCUGGGCCACACCCCGCCGGCCCGCGGUGAGGAGGAGCUGAGCAACUACAUCUGCAUGGGAGGCAAGGGGGCCUCCACCCUCACGGCCCCCAAUGGUCACUACAUUUUGCCUCGGAGUGGCAACGGUCCUCGCUACAUCCCGGCAGCCGGCUUGGGCACGAGCCUAGCCCUGACAGGGGAUGAAGCAGGCAGUGCUGCAGAUCUGGACAAUCGGUUCCGAAAGCGGACUCACUCUGCUGGCACGUCACCUACCAUUUCCCACCAGAAGACCCCAUCCCAGUCCUCUGUGGCCUCCAUUGAGGAAUAUACCGAGAUGAUGCCUGCCUACCCACCAGGAGGUGGCAGUGGAGGCCGAGUGCCCAGCUACCGGCACUCCGCCUUCGUGCCCACCCACUCCUACCCAGAGGAGGGUCUGGAAAUGCACCCCUUGGAGCGGCGUGUGGGCCACCACCGCCCAGACACCUCCAACCUCCACACCGAUGAUGGCUACAUGCCCAUGUCCCCAGGGGUGGCCCCAGUGCCCGGGAGCCGAAAGGGCAGUGGGGACUACAUGCCCAUGAGCCCCAAGAGCGUGUCUGCCCCUCAGCAGAUCAUCAACCCCAUCAGACGCCAUCCCCAGAGAGUGGACCCCAAUGGCUACAUGAUGAUGUCCCCAAGCGGCAGCUGCUCUCCUGACAUUGGAGGCGGGCCCAGCAGCGGCGGCAGCAGCGGUGCCGCCCCUUCUGGGAGCAGCUAUGGCAAGCUCUGGACGAAUGGGGUAGGGGGCCACCACUCUCACGCCCUGCCACACCCCAAACUCCCUGUGGAGAGCAGUAGCGGCAAGCUGUUGUCUUGUACGGGUGACUACAUGAACAUGUCGCCAGUGGGGGACUCCAACACCAGCAGCCCUUCCGACUGCUACUAUGGCCCUGAGGACCCCCAGCACAAGACAGUCCUCUCCUACUACUCAUUGCCAAGGUCCUUUAAGCAUACCCAGCGCCCCGGGGAGCUGGAGGAGGGCGCCCGGCACCAGCACCUCCGCCUUUCCUCCAGCUCGGGUCGACUUCUCUAUGCUGCGGCGGCGGAAGAUUCCUCCUCGUCCACCAGCAGCGACAGCCUGGGCGGGGGAUACUGCGCGGCUAGGCCCGAGCCCGGCCUCCCGCAUCUCCACCAUCAGGUCCUGCAGCCCCAUCUGCCUCGAAAGGUGGACACAGCUGCCCAGACCAACAGCCGCCUGGCCCGGCCCACGAGGCUGUCCCUGGGGGAUCCCAAGGCCAGCACCUUACCCCGGGCCCGAGAGCAGCCGCAGCCCCAGCCGCAGCCGCCGCCGCCCCUGCUGCCCCCUCCGGAGCCCAAGAGCCCAGGGGAAUAUGUGAAUAUUGAAUUUGGGAGCGAUCAGCCGGGCUACUUAUCAGGCCCGGGGGCUUCCCACAGCUCGCCUUCUGUCCGGUGUCCAUCCCAGCUCCAGCCGGCUCCCAGAGAGGAGGAGACGGGCGCGGAAGAGUACAUGAACAUGGACCUGGGGCCGGGCCGGAGGGCCGCCUGGCGGGAGAGCGCUGGGGUCCAGCCGGGCAACAUGGGCCCGGCACCCCCUGGAGCUGCUAGCGUGUGCAGGCCCACCAGGGCAGUGCCCAGCAGCCGGGGUGACUACAUGACCAUGCAGAUGGGCUGUCCCCGGCAGAGCUACGUGGACACCUCGCCAGUCGCCCCUAUCAGCUAUGCGGACAUGCGGACCGGCGGCGGUGGCCUCGUGGAGGAGGCCAGCCUGCCUGGGGCCGCCGCGGCCACGCCCUCCUCAUCCUCGAAGGCCUCUGCUUCCCCCGCCGCGCCUCAAGGAGCAGAGGAGCUGGCGGCCCGCUCAUCCCUGCUGGGAGGCCCGCAGGGACCCGGGGGCUCGAGUGCCUUCACGCGGGUGAACCUCAGUCCCAACCGCAACCAGAGUGCCAAAGUGAUCCGUGCCGACCCGCAAGGGUGCAGGAGGCGGCACAGCUCCGAGACCUUCUCCUCGACGCCCAGUGCCACCCGGGCAGGCAACACGGUGCCCUUCGGAGCGGGGGCUGCAGCCGGGGGCGGCGGUGGUGGCAGCAGCAGCACAGAGGACGUGAAACGCCACAGCUCUGCUUCCUUUGAGAACGUGUGGCUGCGGCCUGGGGAGCUCGGGGGAGCCCCCAAGGAGCUGGCCCAAGUGUGCGGGGCCGCCGGGGGUUUGGAGAAUGGGCUUAACUACAUAGACCUGGAUUUGGUCAAGGACUUCAACCAGAGCCCUCAAGAGCGCCCCGCUCAGCCGCAGCCUUCUCCUCCCCCGCCCCCUCAUCAGCCUCUGGGACGCAGCGAGAGCGGCUCCACCAGCCGCUCCAGCGAGGAUUUAAGCGCCUAUGCCAGCAUCAGUUUCCAGAAGCCGCCAGAGGACCUCCAGUAGCUCAACUGGACAUCACAGCAGAAUGAAGACCUAAAUGACCUCAGCAAAUCCUCCUUUAACUCAUGGGUACCCAGACUCUAAAUAUUUCAUGAUUCACAACAAGGACCUCACAUCUUCCUCCUCAGUAGAUGGUACGAUGCACCCAUUUCAGUUUGUUUACUUUACACAAUCCUCAGGAGUUUGUUGACUGAACUGCACGUUCUAUUUCGUGCCAAGAAAAAAGCACUGUGACACCAGAACAAUGAGUCUGCAUAAACUUCAUCUUCGACCUUAAGGACUUAGCUGGCCACAUGAGCUGAUGUGCCCCCCACCGUGCCACAAGAGAAUGGGUUUACGCUCAUUGCAUUUACAAGACACAUUUCAUCUGCUGCUGAAACCGUGUACGACAGAGCAUCAUUGUAAAUUAUUUCAUACGGAACUGUUUGCUUUGGGUGGAGAGAGUAUUAAAUAUUUAACAUAGGUUUUUGAUUUAUAAGUGUAAUUUUUUAAUUAAAAUGUAACUUUUCUUACAGCACAUCUUUUUUUGGGAUGUGGAACUGAGGUAUACAAUGUUCUGUUGUAAAGAGUGGAGCAAAUGCUUAAAACAAGGCUAACAAGAGUAGAAUAGGGUACGAUCCUUGUUUUAAGAUUGUAAUUCAGAAAAGUAAUAUAAUAAGAAUCAUAGUGCCAUAGGUGGUUCUCAAUUGUAUAGUUCUAUUUGCUGAUACUAUCUCUUGUAAUAUAGCCCUGAUGUUGAGCUGAGAUCCCUUCAAGAGCUGAUCUUAAUUUCGUAUUUUUUUUUUCUGUAAGGCAAUAGGCCAUGUUAAUUAAACUGAAGAAGGGUAUAUUCUACUGGGUAUUUUCAAGUGUCAGCUUAAAAUUGGCAAUUGAAUGGAAGCAAAAUUACAAGAAAAGGCAUUCAGUGUCUUCCAUUGUAUAUACUGUAAAGAGGAGGCGACAUGGGUGAUCCCUUCGAAUCAAAAGCUCUCUUUGGAAUGAACAAUGUGGGUGUUUGUAAAUUCUGGAAAUUUCUUUCUAUUCAUAAUAAACUAGAGACUGUUGAUCUUUU